AUGGGAGGAAACCAGAAAGUGCUGGCUACGCAGAAGAAGAAAAAGAAGAAUAACAACAAAAAGAAGGUACAAUAGAUAAGUUUUAGAUUUAAAAAAACCGUUCAGCCACCGCAAGCAGCGUCCAACGGCGGUUCAGGUGCACAAAAAGCAGGUGAAGUCACGGGUAAAAACAUUACGACCCAAUGCAACCAACCGAAAGAAGUCAAUGGAAACACUAGUAUACGAAUGUAAGUUUUUGGCCGAAAUUUAUGUGUUUUCCAGAAAAUCCAAUACGUUUGCCAUAGAACUCAAUAAAGUCGGUCUUUAAAUUGAAUUUUAUCAAAUAAUGUUUGAAAUCCUUUUUGAAGUUUUCUAAUUGAUAUUCACAAUCUAAUACUAUCAUAUUUUUGAAAAUCUUAUUUUUCAACCAUUUUCUAUCUGAAACGUGCGAUUCGAAUGAGAAAGCAACUGUUUCUUGUCAGUUGUCGCUCUUUAUCUUUCGCUUCACAGCGUUCCCAUCAUAUUUCCCCCGAAAAACUUCGUCCCCAUCGUCGUCACACGCUAUCUUGCUAGCCGCAGAGAACAAGUCGGUUCUUCUUUAAACCUGUCAGGCUGGAUUCUAUUGAUUCUCAUGGCAGUUCCGCCUAUGUAGAUAUAUUUUCAACUGUUGUAAUGUUUGUCGCCUUACUUUGCAAAUGGUUUCGUAAGACCGAUCCGUCAAGUUAUGAUGUGCCGUCAACACCGAAGUCGCUUGUUUUCACGCGCGGAAGCCGUUCAAAAACCCCAGAAGAUAUUGAAAUCAACUGUGAAUACGACUUCUCUGCCAGAUCUGGUGAAAACGCAUUCACUCCUUCCAAUUCCAACUUCGUUUCGUUAUUUCUCGCCAAGAGAACAUUUUAUUCUGUGUCUUCUGUAAUUCAUUUGAAUCUCGAAAAUCAACAAUCGGAAGAUUCUCAUGCAGUGCAAACGUUGGAUUUUGAAUUGAAAAAACAAGAAGAUCGAGCUGAAGCGUAUAGAAGUUGUGAUUUGAUAACCACCGCCAGAGAGCUGAAGAUAAUCUGCGCGAGAGAAGAGUUUUUGGACGCAGAUUCCUUGGCGUCGCAAGAUGGCUCUCGUUGUAGUGAAGGAAGUUUGUCUUCUUGCCGUUCCAGCUCUCUGGAAUCGUUCGCUUCUUCGCAGGAGGAUUCUGUACACAUUGAAGCGCAUGAAACCGAAGAAUCCUCUCACAUAGAGGAUUCCUCCGUUUCAUCAGAAACAGAUGACACCGGCGACGAUGUUGAAAGCCUUGUUUUCCAACAAACUGAAUAUUCGCUAGACGAACCAUCCACUUCUUUUACUGCACAAUUAUCUUCUUCUCCAUAUAAAAUACCUAAGAAGUAAUUUUUCAAAAUCUUGAAAUUUUUAAUUUAUUGUGUCGCUUCUCACGCGAUGAUCGUUUUUAGGAGCGAAACCGGUGGCGAUCUGCAUUACAACGAAAAAGCUGCCAUUGCCGCUCCAAGUUAGUAAUUUUCAGAAAGAUUACUAAUUUUCAUUUAUUUCUAGAGUCUCACUCUUUCAAUUCACCUCCAGAAAGCUUGGAAAGAAGUCAUUCUCCCGCGAAUGCGCCGCCAUUGAGUCACCAUUCGGAAUCUGGAGACGAUAAAGUUAAUAUUUUCCAAAAGUUGACCGCUAAUUUCUAUGGUAAAGGGUCAUGAAGAAGAGAUCCUGGGCUCGGAUGACGAGGAACAAGAAGAUUCUCGCGAUUACCGAGCUGGAGGCUAUCACCCGGUCGACAUCGGCGAUGUUUUUAAUUCUCGGUAAAACGGGAUAAAACGGGAUACAUGUUCAAUAUAAAAUUUCUUGUUUUCAGUUAUCGAGUUAUACGAAAACUUGGUUGGGGACAUUUUUCAACGGUUUGGCUUUGCAUUGAUCGUCAAGCAAAUCGAUUUGUGGCGAUGAAAAUUGUUAAAUCGGCAGCUCACUAUACGGAAGCUGCUCUCGAUGAAGUGAAGGUAUUUUCCAGUUCAUUUCCGUCAGCUUAUUCCCUAUUAUACGCAGCUUUUGCUUGCCGUACGAGACGCAGAUCGAGAAGACGUUGGCUGUGAAAAAGUUGUUCAACUUUUGGAUCAGUUUGAGGUCGAAGGUGUGAAUGGAAGGCAUGUCGCUAUGGUUUUUGAAGUUGGUUCUGUUAAAGAAUUCAUAUUUAAAGAUGAUUUUUCUAGGUACUCGGGUGUAACUUGUUAAAACUCAUUAUUAGAUCUAAUUAUCGCGGAUUACAUUUGGAGCAGGUGCGGAAAAUAUGCAAACAGGUAAUUUAUUCUGCCAUACUUUUCAAAAAUCAUUUUGUUUUCUCAAGGUUUUGGAAGGUCUACGUUAUCUGCAUGAGAAGUGUCAAAUAAUCCAUACUGAUAUCAAGCCUGAAAACGUCCUUGUCACGAUGAGCGAAGACGAAGUCAAGGUUGCCAUCGAUUUUCGCUAUCUCUCGAUAUAAAUAUCAUUUCAAGGCGAUGGCUCAACACGCGGCGUUCGCCACGAAAAUGAACCUGAAGCUGAGCGGAUCCGCCGUUAGUACGGCUCCUACGCAUUUGACAAAAGUAGCUUUGAAUCAUUUUUCGUCCUUGGAAGUUCAUAUUUCAGCAAUUGACAAAGAGCAAGAAGAAGAAGCUAAAGCGAAAAAAGAAGAAGAACAUCAGCGCCCUCGAAAACGAACUACAUGCUCAAGGUCUGCCCAUUGACAUGGACGCCUUGACCAAUACCUACACCAAAGUUUCGGUAAUUUUUUAUUUUACUCAAGUUAGAAAAUUCCUGAUGUUGAUUUCUCAGUUUUUUGUAUAACAUCAAAUAUACGGACUGCGAAAAAAAAAAAUUGAACGGGUGUUUUUGUAAAAACUUUUUUAAUUUCGAUAUUCAAUCUCGAAGUUGUUAACCUUUUUCCUGCUCUUCUUUUUUUUAAAAGAUCAUUUUGAAGUUUUAAAAAUUUCAAUUGGCCAGUAGUGAACAUCUUCACGUUUUGGUUUCAGCGUUUUCUGAAGUUUUCACGAUUUUUUUUGCUGAUUUUGCAGACAGAGUUGCGCAAAAAAGCGGGAAACUCGACUCAAGUUGCAAUUUAAAGACGCCCACUGAGGACGUUUUUUUAAAGCCUAAGUUUUGAUUUUUUGGAGAAUAGAGUACAGAAAGCGCUGAAAAGGGAACGUUAAACUUUUUCUUACAAGCGUAUAGGUAUUUUCGAAAAAAAAAAUCAACUUCAAAGAUAGGUGAUCAAAAGUUUUAAAAAGCUAUUUUGCAUUAGAUUUAAUAACGUUUUUUUUUGAACAUUCGUUUUCAUGGCUUGAACUUGAAAAAUCAGAAUUCCGCCCGUAUGAGGCCACCUUCGCUGACCUUUGGGAGUGGCUGCGCUGUGCCGCAACUGAUGCAAGGGAGCAUGGCUGCUUCUCCUUUGUCGCCGCGCGCAGAAUUAUUAUGCAAUCAAACGUAUCAGUCGAUACAGGUGAAAAAUAGUUGCGUGGAUGUAAACGUGGUCGUUGCACUGUUUUUUUUUUCUUUUUCCAUUUCCCACCAAGCUUUUUUUCGGUCGUCUCUUAGAGAUAUAUGAAUGAAUUCGGAACAUGCAUGGGUUAGGGUUAUUUUUCCAAUAAUCUGUUUUUGUUUGGUAACAUUACCAUUUUACAACAGAAAAAACAAUGAAAUUUUUCAUUUUCGAAAAAGAAUCUACGGCUCGUGUAUGUUACGAAAGGAUAUUUUUGACACAACCUGUCGUUUUUUUUUAGUUUUGCAUUUUCUCGGGAUUCGAUAAUGCCUUGCUUUCCCUUUGAAAAGACUUUUGCUUUCCCCUAAAUUGCCAUUCAGUUGCUCUUUCUGAUUAAAUUUUUCGCCUUGCCUGCGCUAAUCGAGAAAAUUAAAAUGAGAUAGCUAAUUAGUUCAAUAAUAUUUCCCAACGGCAGUUGUAGCCCGGCGUGCACUCCCUUUUAAUAUCUGGUUGCAUUGGCAUGUUUUUUGUGGAAAUCAUUCUCAUUUUCCAGACGUGGAAAAUUCUUUUCUCAUUAUAGGAAUGUGAGGAAGGCAUUAUGGCAACGCGUGUUCAAGAUUUGAGUGAUAUCGAUGAAGGAGUCAACUUUUCCAAUAAUCAAAAACAAGUAUUUGUGCGUUGAAUAGUUGGAAAAAGUCGCGCGUUUUCAGGUCAGUAGCCCAGUUCAUAAUAACGGCGGAGCGGCUUCUCCCCGGUCGGACGACGAAUUCGAGCCCAGGGGAAGUAACUAUCCAAUCAAUUUCGAAGGUUGAAAAAAAUCUCUUUCUCAUUUUAAAACUUGUUUUCAGAUCCAUUAUCUCCUUCGCAUCCAAUUUUCCAACCAAUUCACGGCAUCCAGGAACCUGGAGUUUUGCCAGCUCCGCCAGUUGGUCCCGACAUGAAUGAUCCUUUCAUCGAUAUUCACGUGAGGAGUCUAAUUUUUUUUUGUUUUGAGCGAAUUUUAAUUGAGUGUAAAGGAACUAAAUGAGAAAAAAGCUAAAAAAAAAAACAAAUGAAAGGCGAAUAACGGUUCUCAAUGAAAUCAAGAAUUAUGUUAGCGACAGAUUUUCUAAAAAUAAUUUUAAAAAAAACUUUUGCACUUUGCAUUUUUCCCUUUAAAAGCGGCAAAAAUUAUAUUUCAGUAAUUGAAAGAACGGGAAUUUUUCAAAUUUGAAAAAUUUUUUUAAACAUUCUCGAUUAAUGGUACUGAUUUAUUGUUUAAGGUGAAAAUUGCCGACUUGGGAAACGCUUGCUGGACACACCAUCAUUUCACGGAUGACAUCCAAACAAGACAAUACAGAGCUCUGGAAGUGUUGAUAGGCGCCGGCUACGGACCGCCGGCCGACAUUUGGAGCACUGCCUGCAUGGUUUCCGCUACCACAUCGCAGCUCACAUCAUUUGGAGGUUCAGGCUUUCGAGUUGGCAACCGGCGACUACUUGUUCGAGCCGCAUCAAGGAGAGAACUAUUCUCGUGACGAAGACCAUCUUGCUCAUAUUUCCGAACUUUUGGGAGAAAUCCCACCUUCCGUUUUCAAAACUGGCGCCCACUGGAAAGACUUUUUCACCAAGGUUUUUUUAGCACUUUUCAAAUUUAAAAGCUAUUACCACGAAAAAAAAAAUUCAAAAGAAUAACUGUAUCAGAAAGUGUUAAAAACAUUCACAAUGACCUAUAGCCCAUUCCGCGCCAGCUUUUCCUUUUUUUUUUCUUUGAGCUACAGACCUUUUUUUCGAUACACGCAACGUGCCUUUUUGCAUGCAAAUUUAGUUCAGUCUAAUUUCGCCAAUAAAACUGUUUUUUUAAUACGCAUGCAAACAGACCGAGCGUAUCGAAGCAAAAGCGUUUUGUAGCUCGUAACAAAAAAAUCGUGACGUUACGGGCAAAAUGGAAAAUGUUUUCUCUCUUUUUAAAAAUAAAAAAAUUUAAAAAAAUUCUAAUUUUUUUGUUUCUCCAUCAAUAUUGUCUUUUCCUCACUUUUAACUGAUUUUAUUUCUUAUUUUUCUAGUGAUUUCGAGCCUUUUAAAAAUGAUAUUAGUAUUUUCAAGCAAUGAUAUCUCUUUUGAUGAUGCUUGCUAAAUUUGCUUGAUUGAUUGGUUCAAAUGCAGAAUGGCCGGUUGCUUCACAUAAGCCAGCUGAAACCUUGGCCUCUGUACGACGUUCUCCGACAAAAAUACGACUGGUCUCAUGAAGACGCUGAACAGUUUUCUUCUUUUCUCACUCCUAUGCUCACCUUCGAUCAGGUAUUGUUUCCAGCAGGAAAAUAAGAAUCUAAUGAAGUUUAGGGUGCUCGCGCCACGGCUGGAGAUGCAUUGAAACAUUCGUUCUUGAAGCCUUUCGGUGGUAGAAAUCAGCCAUCUGACUGUCCGCCGCAGGUUUUUUUUGCUAUUUUAAACGCAACUCUUUGAUUAUAAUUUCAAGAUUCAACGCAUACCGUCCGAUCAAUAUGAAGAAGUGGAAAACGUCGAUCCCGAGCUGGACAAUGAUAAUUCUUCAAUCGAAAUGGAAGACGCUGACCGCGCGUCAUCAAAUGAACGCCAAAACAACGAAAGCAAUUUGCCAUCGAGUUCCGAUUCAUCGAUUGAUCCUUUCCAAGAAGAGCACUGUUAA